GGGACCCCGCUAGCCAGCGCAGCGCAACGCAGCCGCAGCGGAGCGGAGGAGCGCACACAGCAGGCCAUGGGCAAAUCAGCUUCCAAACAGUUUAAUAACGAGGUCCUGAAGGCCCACAACGAGUACCGGGCCCAGCACGGUGUCCCGCCCCUGAAGCUUUGUAAGAAGCUCAACCGGGAAGCCCAGCAGUAUUCGGAGGCCCUGGCCAGCACGAGAAUUCUCAAGCACAGUCCAGAGUCCAGUCGUGGCCAGUGUGGAGAGAACCUUGCGUGGGCGUCCUAUGAUCAGACAGGAAAGGAUGUGGCUGAUAGGUGGUACAGCGAAAUCAAGAGCUACAACUUCCAGCAGCCUGGUUUCACCUCAGGGACUGGGCACUUUACAGCUAUGGUAUGGAAGAAUACCAAGAAGAUAGGCGUGGGGAAGGCAUCUGCGAGUGACGGGUCCUCCUUUGUGGUGGCUAGAUACUUCCCAGCAGGGAAUAUUGUCAACCAGGGCUUCUUCGAAGAGAAUGUCCCACCUCCAAAGAAGUAGCUCAUGCCACCAAAUGUGACGAGAUGGGGAUGCAUAUAUGAAGUGCCUAUAGAACCACAAAACGCCAGCGAGUGUCAGUCCCCGUGGGUGUGUGUAUUUAUGUGUUUACCUGUGAGCAUCUCUCGUGACAGUUGCACCUGAGCUCCUUCUGACUGAAGGAUGGCCAUCCGAAACAUUUGUCCAGAGGGUUAGCUAGACCACAAUUGGGUAAGAUUAGUUCUAAAAUCUUUUUUCUGUUUUUGUUUUGUUUUUAUUUUUGUUUUGUUUUGUUUUUUUUGUUUUGCUUUUAUUUUUGUUUUGUUUUUUCAAGGCAGGGUUUCUGGGUGUAGCCUUGGCUGUCCUAGAAUUUGCUCUGCAGACCAGGCUGGCAGAGAUGCACCUCCCUGUGCCUGGUUUUUGUUGGUUUUGUUUUUGUUUUUUAAAGCAGAUUUCAUUUGAAACUUUCUUCCUUCUAAUAUCCAUCCUUGGGCUUUGAAGAUUCUGAAUAUUUGCCAUUCUGAGAAGUGAGGUCUUUCCUAAGCCCUUCCUGCACUGUAAUCUUCUUGUGGUAGAUACUGAAGGGAUCGACACGUCCUUUAGGUGUGACAUAAAGCAGCUAGUGUUAGAAACAUGUGGCCAGCUGCAUUUCACAGGAUCAGUGAGAACUCUCAGUCUCAGUUGGAAGACAUGAUAUCAUCCUGCAUCCUCCAGGAAUCUCUAAUAGAAUUGCCAAAGAACAAACGGAGAUGGAAAAAAAGAGCCUUACAUCCUUGAAGUUUUUCAACCUUUAAAGAGCAAAUACCACAGCUACUAGCACCUCUCACACCUCACAUGUGGGUUGUUUGUUUGUUUUUGUUUUUUGUUUUUAAGUUUCAUUGCUCACAGCCCUACUCUGGCUUCUGGGGGGCGGGGCUAGGUCUGGAAUGCAGCCCUGCACCCCAGUCAUCUCAAGCCUCCCCUCUCCUUGUCUGGGCUCCUGGCCAAGGCCUUGGACUAUGAUGAAGUCAAUAGAGCAGAGGUGAGGGUGAGCUUCACUUGGGGGCCCUGGAGGAAGCCCCAAAGCCUCUGUCCUUCCCCAACCCUGCAGGCGGUGACCACCCAGGCCUGUCCCCGGCAGCUGUGGCUACAGCUGCGUCUUGGCUUCCUCUCGGAAUGUGUGACAAGCCCAAAUGCUCCAGGGAGGAGGCCCAAACAAGGAGAUUAGGAACGCUAAUUUGAUCCUGUGUUUUGCCUCAAACUAUACACAGUUUCCUCUGAAAGAACUGAUUUAACCAGGUCUGCCAGGGAGGGAUCAAGCCAGAGGUUCAAAGGUGGAUCCCUGAAAUGGUGGUAUCUCCUCCUGCAAGGAGAUAAAAGGGUUGUUGGCCUAAUGACAGCAAGGCUGGCUGGUCUUUGUUACACUGUGAACAGUCCCACACUGCUGCCACUUGGUUCAUUCAGGGAUAGCAACAAACAAAUGAGACAAUAAAAUCCUUUCCUUUUUGUGUAA